AUGGAAAAAAUCAACGACAAUCAAAUUUUAGAAAAAAUAUGUACAAUAACAGGUGAUUUAACUAAUACAUCGUCUGUAAAAAAAAAAAGUAAAAAAAAAAAAAAGAAAAGAAAAAAUACAAAAAUUGAUGGAAAAAAGAAAAUCAUAACAAAAAAUAGAAAACGAAAAAUAGUAGAUUUAUUUGAAGACUAUAAAUUACAACAGAAAAAAGAAACAUGUAAAUUUUUUUUUAAAAAAGGAAAAUGUAUUCAUAAUGAAAACUGUUCUUAUUCACAUGACGUUAUACCAAUUUAUAAAAUUUCCAAAUUAUGUAAAUUUUUAGUUAAAGGAAAUUGUGAUAAAAAAAAUUGUAUAUUUUCUCAUGACUAUCAACUUUUCUAUUGUCGCAAUAACGUGAUUUUCAACUCAUGCCACAAUCCUUUUUGUAAAUUUAAACAUAUUAAAAUAGAUAAUACAAUCAACAAUGCUGAUGAAUAUAAUUUAGAAGUUGAUAAUGUUUUAAGUAAAGAUGAUAAAAUAAGAUUUUUAUAUAACAACAAAAAUUACUUAAUGGAACUGUUAAUUCACAAAUAUCACAAUUUUGAUAAUUGUGAAGAAAUAAACGUAGAUGAACUAGUUAAAAAAGAUGUUUAUCCUUGGUUUAUUAAUGGAAUAAUUGAUUUAAUUAAACUAGACUUCAAAUAUAAUAAAACUGAUGCUUUUUUUAAAUUAAUAAAAAAUUAUAAGAAUAAAACAAAUAAUUUAAAAUGUUAUAUAGAUGAAGAUAAUUUUAAAAUAUUGCAAAAUGACAAAAACCUUAAUGAACUAUCUAAUAGUAACACAAUAUCAGAAAACACCAAGACAGAAAAUAAUAAUGAAUUAAAGGAAGAAUUAAAUACAUUAAAAAAAAAUAAUGAUAACGAUAAUAAAAAGAAUACUAAUGAUUCGAAUAAUACUAUAGAAAAUUUUAAUGAUUAUAAAUUUUAUUCUAGUGAAGAAGAAGAUUAUACUCAAUACUUAAAUAAGUAUUUUGAAAUAGAUGCUUAA